CAAGUUCAUAUCAUUCUCCGAUCAUACAGAGCACAAAACCAUGGCGACUACUAGCAGUGACAUACUGUACUACUUCCUGUUUUUCACUUGGUCCAUCACUGCUCUCCUUGUCCACUCAUUCAUCAAAUCUUGCCUUAAACCACGGCCAGUGAUCCAAAGCCCUCCGAGCCCGCCAGCCCUACCCAUCAUCGGCCACCUCCACCUAAUCGGCUCAGUCCUGCCCAAGUCCUUCCAAAACCUUGCCCUCCGCUACGGCCCGCUCAUGCAGAUCCGCAUGGGCGCCUCAACGUGCGUUGUAGUUUCCAACGCUGCUGUUGCCAAAGAAAUAUUCAAAACCCAAGAUCUCAAUUUCUCUUCUCGGCCGGAAUUCGGCUCCUCCGAGUACUUCAUGUACAGGGGUUCCCGGUUUGUCAUGGCCCAGUACGGCGACUACUGGCGAUUCAUGAAGAAGCUCUGCAUGACUAGGCUCCUCGCAGUCCCGCAACUCGACCACACCGUUGAUAUCCGCGAGCAAGAGGUUGCGAAGCUUGUGGAAAGGAUAACGCAGAGUUGGAGGGAAGGAAAGGCAUGCGAUUUGAGCAGCGAGCUGACGACGUUGACGAACAACACAGUUUGUAGAAUGGCAAUGAGCACGCGGUGCUCCGGGAGUGAGAAUGAGGCUGAAGAGAUACAUGAGUUGGUUAAAACGUGUUUGGAGCUGGCAGGGAAGUUAAGUGUCGGGGAUGUAUUGGGUCCUCUUAAGAUGUUUGAUUUCUCUGGAAAUGGGAAAAAGCUUGUGUCGGCGUUGCAGCGGUUUGAUCGGUUGGUGGAGAGGAUCAUGAAGGAACAUGAAGCAAAGGUGAUCGUAGACGGUGGAGUAGGAGACCAAAAGAAUGAUCUGAUGGAUAUAUUGUUGGAGACAUAUAGAGACCCAAGUGCUGAAGUUAAGCUAUCUAGAAAAGACAUCAAGUCCUUCUUGCUUGAUGUUUUCAUGGCGGGCACGGAUACGUCAUCAGCAGCCAUGCAAUGGGCCAUGGGAGAGUUGAUGAACCAUCCACAGGCAUUCAAGAAGCUUAGGGAUGAGAUCAAUUCGGUGGUGGGGCCGAACAGGCUAGUCAAAGAAUCAGACAUGCCAAAUCUCCCUUAUUUACGAGCGGUCAUCAAGGAAACCCUGAGACUCCACCCUUCGGCGCCUUUAAUCAUCAGGGAAUGCGCUGAAGAUUGCACGGUUAACGGCUCCGUUGUGAAGGCUAAAACCCGGGUGCUUGUUAACGUCUAUACCAUCAUGAGGGACCCGGAUUCAUGGGCGGAUCCCGACGAGUUCGUACCGGAGAGGUUUUUGGAAAGCUCGGAGGAGAGAGUCGGCGAGCAUCAGAUGGAAUUUAAGGGCCAGAAUUUUCGUUACCUUCCAUUUGGUAGUGGAAGGAGAGGAUGCCCUGGUGCAUCCCUUGCUAUGUUGGUGAUGCACCCGGCGAUCGGAGCCUUAGUCCAAAGCUUUGACUGGAAAGGGACGGAUGGGGAGAAGAUUGAUUUAAGGCAAGGGUCAGGAUUUGCUGCUGAAAUGGCAAAACCACUUGUUUGUUUCCCUAUUCCAACUUAAUCAUCCCAUCAAAACUACUUGGUGUUUGGAUUAUAUAAUGAAUUCGUGCAAGCUAGGUCUAAUAUAUAGGGUUUGUGUUUGAUUACAUCUAUUUUAAGCUUAAGUAUGUACCUCUUUGUAAGAAAUAUGUCUUAUUUAUGCAUGGUUGAUUGGCAUGUUAUGACACUUGUAUCAA